AUUACACUCCUACUUGUUCUUGCACCCACCACCAUAACCACAUGACCAAUGACCUAUGACCAUAUCAUAAUUUUUUUUCCUUUGUUUUUGGGUUUUGGUAUCCAUGGACACCACCUAUUCGAUUGCCCCAUCUAUCUUUUUCCCUAAAAGCACAACCCGCUUCCUACAUAAAGCUGGUUCCUUUCCUCAUUCUCCCAUUCCACACUUCACUCUAUGCUCAACACUGUCACAUGGGUUUUCCAUCUCAUUUCAAAAUGCCCCACAGAGUUAUUUUGUUCCCUUAGCCCCACCUACCCCUUUUGAUGAUGCUGCUUCUGUUCUAGCACAGCCGUUUUUGCAUCAAUGGCUCAUAACUCACAGAACAGUAGCACCUGCUUUGAUGAUGAUUUUGAAUGUGAUGGAACGGAUGAUUCUAGAAUCUUGCAUUGCUGGAACCACCGGAACCUUCACUCUGAAUAUGAAGAUGGUGGUGGAUCGGAGGAAUUAGCAUGUGCUGUGCCCCAGAGUGAGGAAACUGUGAGGGCUAUGGUGGCGAGAGAGAGGGAGCAUUUCCCGAGGGUUGAUUACUUGCAGAGACUAAGGAGCGGGAAGUUGGCUUUGGGUGUUAGGAGGGAUGCACUUGAUUGGAUUUGGAAGGUAAUCGUUAUGUUGAUUUCUGGUUUUUGAUGUUUCAAGUUUCCAUUUUCAUUCGACGAGCAUCACAAAUAAACCAUUUAAUUAGCUUUUUUUU